UAAGAGUGAUUCCUUGCGAUUCAGUCCUCUUUUGUGAUUUGUCUGGCGAUUUUCGGAACGGUGAUUGAAUCUUGUUGUGUUCAUGCUUACCCAGGUGAUAUUGCGGCGGAUUCCCAACAUUUUAACAGCGCAUUCGUUUCGCUAUGGAACAUCACGUCAGUCGGUAAGGCUCACUAACGCUGCGACGAUUCACUCAGGCCGCUUCAAAAAUACCGCAAGCGUAAAAUCGAGCUCUCCGUCACAUAAACCCUAUCUCAUCAUGGAGGCAACAUACACGAGCCAAGCAUCGCUCGCGAACGUGUCGACGGUUCCGAACUCCGGCGCAGAUAUCUCGUUCGAGCGGAUCAAUACAAUCAUCAAAUCCGUUCAAGACAACCGUGAAUACCGUGGGCUGAAGUUGGCAAACGGGCUCAAAGUUGUGCUAGUGUCGGAUCCAACCACCGAUCGAUCAGCAGCCGCGCUUUCGGUGCCAGUUGGACACCUAAGCGAUCCGUUGGAAAUUCCUGGCCUGGCGCACCUUUGCGAGCACAUGUUGUUCCUCGGCACCGACAAAUAUCCCGAGGAGGACGAUUACACAUCCUUUCUGAAGGAGCACGGUGGAAGCUCCAACGCAGCCACAUGCUCCGAUAUUACAAAGUAUUAUUUUGAUAUCGUUCCGGACAAGCUGGAGGAUGCACUCGAUCGGUUUUCGCAGUUUUUCAUUGCUCCACUAUUCAAUGAGGGAGUCACUGACCGGGAAAUCAACGCCGUGAACUCGGAGCACGAAAAGAAUGUCUCCCAAGAUCUAUGGCGCGUUAAGCAGGUGAACAAAUCGCUUUGCAAAAGCACACACGCUUUCAAUCGCUUCGGAACCGGCAACAAGCAGACACUUUACGAUCACCCGCGUCAGAAGGGCAUUAAUGUGCGCGAAGAGUUGAUGAAAUUCCACAGCCAGUGGUACUCGUCCAAUGUGAUGAGCUUGGCUGUUUUUGGCAAAGAAAGUUUGGACGAACUGGAAUCGAUGGUGAUCAAAAUGUUCGCGCAGAUCGAAAACAAGCAGGUGACGCCGCCUACUUGGCCCGCGAUGCCAUACGAGGAAGAUCAACUGGCUACAAAACUUUACAUUAUACCGAUCAAGGACACGCGAUCGUUAUCCAUUACCUUUCAGAUGGACGAUCUUGAAAAGUAUUACAAGUCCGGGCCAGAGCACUACGUUAGCCAUUUGAUUGGCCACGAAGGCAAGGGAAGCAUUCUUUCGGAGCUGCGGGCACGCGGUUGGUGCAACAAAUUGCUGAGCGGCUACAGUAGCUUAGGGCGAGGCUUCGGUUCGCUGGACAUCAUGGUGGAUCUUACCGAGGACGGGUUCGAGCAUAUCGAUGAUACUGUGAAAAUCAUCUUUCAAUACAUCAACCUAUUGCGGUCGAAGGGGCCGCAGAAGUGGAUUUUCGAAGAGUAUUGCAGCUUGUGCGACAUGUUGUUCAGAUUCAAGGACAAAGAAAAUCCCAGCACACUGGUAGACAAUGUCGUUGCCUCGAUGCAACUGUUCCCGCUGGAGGACGUUCUCGUCGCAAACUGCUUGAUUAGCGAAUGGCGCCCCGAUCUUGUCACGGAUUUGUUGGAGAAAUUAACGCCGAAAAAUGCGAGGGUUAUAGUCGUCGGGCAAAAGUGCAGCGAACUGGCCACUGACCAAGAGCGAUGGUACGGCACAAGAUAUGGGGUGCAUAAAAUCGAACCAUCGGUCCUGGAGUACUGGUCAUCAAAGGACUUGAAUGACAAUCUACACCUACCCGCCCCUAAUCCCUUCAUAGCAACCGAUUACGAACUACUUCCGCCGGAGCAAGAGCUUGAAAAGUGUCCGGUUGUCAUUCACGAUACUCCAAUAAUUCGAUCGUGGUUCAAGCAGGACACGGAGUUCCUCAAACCCAAAGCACACGUCAACCUGGAUUUCAAUAAUCCCAUCGUUUACGCGGACCCGUUGAACUGCAACCUUACCCAUCUCUACGUGCAGCUACUGAAGGAUCAUCUGAAUGAGUUUCUUUUCGAAGCCGAUCUCGCUGGAUUGAGUUUCGGUGUUGGCAAUACCACGUCAGGAUUAAGCCUAUCCAUCGGAGGAUACAGCCACAAGCAGCAGGUACUCCUCGAGAAGGUACUGAACAGCUUGUUUGAUUUUGAGGUCGACAGUAAGAGGUUUGAAAUUCUGAAAGAACACUACAUCCGCGGGCUGAAAAAUUACCAGGCCGAGCAGCCAUACCAGCACGCCAUUUACUAUUUGGCGCUCCUGCUCAUGGAACAAGCAUGGACACGGCAGGAAUUGUUGGAGUCUACCAAACUGCUGACGAUUGAACGUUUGCAGGCGUUCAUAAAGCAAUUGCUGUCGCAGCUGCACAUCGAAUGUUUCAUCUAUGGAAACGUAAACCGGGAGAAAGCAAUGGAGAUGACGCGAAUGGUGGAGGACAAAAUGAAAAAUUCGGAUGCCAAGAUAGUGCCACUGUUGGCCAGACAGCUGCUGCAGAAGCGCGAACAUAAGCUAGGGAACGGAGAAAACUGUCUAUUUGAGGCAACCAACGAGUACCACAAAAGCUCCUGUACUCAGCUGUACAUGCAGUGUGGCCAACAGGACACACAUUCGAUGUACGUCGACAUCCUGGCGCAGCUACUUAGUGAACCGUGUUACUCGCAGCUACGCACAAAGGAGCAACUGGGGUACAUUGUGCUGUGCAGCACCCGAAAGGCCAACGGAGUUAGCGGACUCCGUAUUAUUGUGCAAUCUCAGCGCCAUCCGUUGUACGUUGAAAAGCGCAUCGAAAACUUUUUGAACAACAUGUUGAAUCACCUUGAAAAAAUGACCGAACCCGAGUUCAAUCGCAAUAAGGAGGCGCUGACGAAACUGUUGCUGGAGAAACCGAAACGAAUGUAUGGCCAAUUCAACAUUUACUUGCAUGAAAUUUCCUUGCGGCAAUAUCACUUCAACCGUGCGCAGGUCGAAGCGGCAAAGCUUCAAACACUGACCAAGCAACAGGUCAUUGAUUACUACAAGGAAUACGUCAUGCUGGGGGGAUCAUCUAGGAGUACGUUGUCCGUCCACGUGGUCUCUACGGCCGAAGGAGGGGCCGGUGUGGUCAAAACGCCAGAUGAGGAAGAACCUACCAGCGAGCAAGCGGAAGAGAGUUCUGGCGCAACGCCGCUACCCACUACGAAGGACUUUACGAAAAUAACUGAUCUGGUCAGCUUCAAAUCGUCCCGCUCGCUAUUCCCGUUGGUUCAACCUUACAUUGAUAUCUUGCCAAAGGGGGGUCGUUGCAAAUUGUAAAACAACAUAACUGCUUUUAAAUGGGCACCUCAUUAAGGAUCACUGUGGACAUGUAUUGACAAAUCAGUGCGUUGCAAUGCAGUGCAACAAUCAGAGGACAACGUACCAAACAUUUGGAUACACCACACUUACGGGAAGAUAAAAACAAAGGGAAAUAUAUUACAGUUUCGGUGUU